AUGAGCAUAGAGACGAAUGUGCCCGAAAGCGGAGGGGGUGAACCGGUGGGGCCCCCGUGCUUCUCCCGGUGCCGGCCUGGGGACCAACUGGUGACAGUGGCGGGGAAGUGGGGACGCUAGGCAACCAAGAGGAGUGCCGAAGGGAGCCAGGAAAAGGGGGAGAGUCCUGGUCCCCAGGAGGGCGAGAGGAGACGGGAGCACGAGGGCAAGGCUCCCGCAGUAGGAAAAUGAGGAGAGUGAGUUUUACUUUCGGCCCCCAAGAAGCGGGGAGCAGAGCCGCGGGAGGACUGGCUGCCAGGGCUUUUUCGGGAGCCGAGGAGGUUAAAGAACUGAAGGCCGGACGGGCCCAGAUUGGGGCGGGAAGCGACUCCUGGGGUCGCUGGGAAGCGCCGAGACGCGCUGAACACAGAACAGAGAAACUGCGAAAACUUUCCACACUUGGAUGCUGUCCCGACCUGUCGCAAGCCCCUGACACUAGCGCUCGCCCCUCGGCAAUCGCCGUCAGUGAAGUACACAAUCGCCAUCACCCUGGGGAUGAGCGCUUGUAUUCCUGGCACGAGUUUGCUGAGAGCCCCAGAAGGCCUUCUUCAAGACCUUAUCUUGGUCUAAUAAAUGGUUUUUUCAAGGAAGAGAAUGUAAUAAAGCCCGAGAUGACGCUUAAAGAGAAGACACUGGUGGCAGUGAAGGAGUUGAAGGAGCAAAUGAUACAGACUCAAAUCCAGCAGGAACAGCUCCUGGAGGAUAACAUGCAUCUACGCACUGAAAAGACAGUUGUCCAGGCUGAAAACAAAUUCUUUCUGGAAUACCUGGCCAACAAAACUGAAGAAUUUAAAAGGCAACCUGAGAAGCUGUGGAACAACUUUUUACAAAAAAGCGGGGAGAUUGAACAACGUAGGCAAGAAUCAGCGUCCAAAUAUGCAAAACGAAUUUCAGUGCUUAAAGCCGAGCUCUUGCAGAAGGAAAAGAUCCAACUCAAUCUGAAGCAGCAGUUGAAGGCAAUGAGGAACAUUUCGAUAACAAAGGAAAAACAGCAGGCGGAAGUGCAGACAUUGCAGAACGCAAAAAAGAAAGCCCAAACUGAGGCAGCAGCAAAGAUAGAGGAAACAAAGACCCAGUUGCUCCAAGAAAAAGCAUUACUGGACAAACAAUUGAGUGAGCCAGACAUGAGGGAGUUGGGAAAGAAAAAUAAAAGGGAGAUUAAGAGGAAAAGUCAGGCCUUGGAAUGGACAACAAAGCAGUAUACUCUUGAGUUCUACCGUGGCAUUAACAGAGAGAAUGACCAGUUACAGAAGGAAAGACUGCAGCUCCUUCAUCAAUGUCAGGAAUUGGAGGCUUCUCAAAGCCAGUUAAAAAAUACGAAGCAGCAGCUGCAGCAGGAACAGUGGUAUCUGGAGGGUUUAAUCCGGGGGAGGCAACGAAUGCAUAGAAGGCAUAAUUGGUGCCUAAAUGGACAGGGUACUGCAAAGAUUAACCCAAAAUAAUUCCUAAACUAACACUGAUUAAAUAAGCGCUGGAGCAAGUUCUUAGGUGUUAAACUAACCAGGCUGGGAAGGUUUUUGGAUUUCAUUCCUAUGGUUAACAUAUCUAUCCCUCGUGGUGUGUAGGUGUGAAGGAUUGGGUGCUUAUUUUUAGCAGUACUUCUUGAUGUUUGUGUGACCAGUGUCCCUUAACUCCCUCUUCCUUUAAUUAGCUCUUGCUAAUGAUGUUCCACAAACCUCCAGUUAACCUAAUACCUGAUCCUAACCUGAUACCAGCCACUUGCUAAAUACCCAUACUUCAAACUAACUCAAGAAAGCCAACUUGAAGAGGCUAAGAGGAAAACAGAUGUGUGAUUCAUUUCAUUUAGCUAAGUUAAAUUUCUUUCUUGAGCCUUAGCUGUAAGGAUAGCAUUUCUAAUGGACUUUGAAUAGUGCUUUCUGCUUUGCAAAUAACCCAGUAUCGAUGUAUUCUCAUUCCUGUUGGCCAACUCACCAAAGACAAAGGUGUGCUUAAGCUCUUUUUUAAAGUUGGUGCCAGUGACCAGCUAGAUCCUUCUAGUUUUCUCAUGAAGUGAAAAGUACUCUGAUAAUAGCAAUCCAGUAAGUGCUGGGCAGAAUGACCUUGGACAUUUUACCUUUGCAUAAAUUGAAAAGUUGAAGGGGACACAUACUAGGUCAACUAUUUCUUUUGAAAACAUUUUGUGAAGAAACACCUGGAGCAUCAGUGGGUUACUGAAUGCCUCUGCUUGUUUCAGGAAAAUGUAUCAAAAGAAAGUUAAGUAUUUGGACAACUUUUUUAGGAGCCUUGUGCCAUCCACUGUCACCCUAUUUUCUUAACAGCAUUCUAAAUUUCAGGAUAAGUAAAAUUAUUUAAUGUUAAUGAUAGCAAAUACUUAGUUUUACGUCAUUUAUUACAUUUUCUUACAUGUGCACUUUAUAAUACAUGAAAAUACCUUUUGUAAUCAAUGUGUGCAUAUAGGUAUGCCCAUUGUGUAGAACUGGAAAUAGUAUUUUAAAUUAGUUUAAGCUUUCAGGGUGGCUGUAUUUUUUUAGCAUUUAUGACAUUGAUGGUUAACCAAUGAUUUACUUGAAUGUUGAAUCCUAGUUCAGGAAUAUAACCCAUUUUAACAUGACUCCUCUAUGAGAAAAUAUAAUCAACUUUGUUUUCCACAAAUUGUAAGUCAUGAAAAAAUUCAAAAAGUUUUUCCCAAAUUUUCAGUCUUUAAUGUGUAAGAUGAAGUCACUAAAAAAAUUGGAUUAAGGAAAAGGGCCUUCCCUCAAUGUGCCGCUAGCUUAACAAUUUUUCUUGCUAAAUAUGUACUUUUUUAAUGCUAUUAAAGUGUUAUUAAACAAUAAAAACCUACUUAGGAUUGUAAUUUAUCCAUUGAUUUUUUACAUUACUAUUCCAAUGUAUUUUCUACUUCAUCACACUUCUGUUACCACCUCUGCAUAUCUUGUAAUAGUACACAAAUAAUAAAACUGCAGGACUUUAGAGCACAUGCAGGUACCUUGACAUAAUUACCUCAAUUCCUGAGCUGAAAAUAAAGACUGAACUUAAACUGAAAAGUAUGGUCUCUGUGCCAGUUUGAAUGUAUUGUGUCCCCCAAACACCAUUAUCUUUGAUGUAAUCUUGUGUGGGCAGAUGUUACCAUAGUGGAUUAGAUUUCUUUGGAAUGUGCCCCACCCA